AUGGUGGCCAACGACGCUCCCGCCUCGACCUUUCGCUACAACGAGACGCCCGUCUACACGACUUCUAAUGGCGCUCCCAUCAACAACCCUGAGGGCUGGCAGCGCCCCGGUUCCAUGGGCCCGCUACUGCUCCAGGACUUUCACCUGAUCGAUCAGCUCGCCCAUUUCGAUCGUGAGCGCAUCCCCGAGCGAGUCGUUCACGCCAAGGGUGCGGGCGCCUACGGUGUUUUCGAGGUCACCCACGGCAUCAGCGACAUCACCUCCAUCGACAUGUUCGGCCACGUCGGCAAGAAGACCAACUGCGUCGCCCGCUUCUCCACCGUCGGCGGCGAAAAGGGCUCGGCCGACUCGGCCCGUGAUCCUCGCGGCUUCUCCGUCAAAUUCUACACGGAUGAGGGCAACUGGGAUUGGGUCUACAACAACACGCCAGUUUUCUUUCUCAGAGAUCCCACCAAGUUCCCCCUCUUCAUCCACACCCAGAAGCGGAACCCCCAGACCAACCUGAAAGAUGCCACCAUGUUCUGGGACUAUCUUUCAACCCAUCAGGAGGCUAUCCAUCAAGUCAUGCAACUCUUUUCCGACCGUGGCACUCCUUACUCCUAUCGCCACAUGAAUGGCUACUCUGGCCACACCCACAAGUGGACCAAGCCCGACGGCUCCUUUGUCUACACCCAGGUCCACCUCAAGACAGACCAGGGCAUCAAGACCUUUACCAAUGCCGAGGCUGGCAAGAUGGCUUCGGAGAACCCCGAUUGGCACACCCAGGACCUCUUUGAGGCCAUUAAGAAGGGCGAACAUCCCAGCUGGACCGUCUACGUCCAGGUCCUGACGCCUGAGCAGGCUGAGAAGUUCCGCUGGAACAUUUUCGACUUGACCAAGGUCUGGCCGCAGAAGGAGGUGCCCCUGAGGCCCAUCGGCAAGCUCACCCUCAACAAGAACGUCGAGAACUACUUUGCAGAAAUUGAGCAAGUCGCCUUCUCCCCGUCUCACCUUGUGCCCGGCAUCGAGCCCUCUGUCGACCCUGUACUCCAGUCGCGUCUCUUCUCCUAUCCCGACACGCACCGUCAUCGUCUGGGAGUCAACUAUCAGCAGAUUCCCGUCAACGCGCCUCUGAGAGCUUUCAACCCCUACCAGCGUGAUGGAAGCAUGGCUGUCAAUGGCAACUACGGAGCCAACCCCAACUAUCCCAGCUCGUACCGCAAGCUCACGUACAAGCCCGUCACGCCGGCCGCCACCCACGAGAAGUGGUCUGGCUCGGCCGUUCACGCCUUAUUCCAGGAUGUAAAUGACGACGACUUCGUUCAGGCCAAGGGUCUGUGGGAUGUCCUAGGCCGCACCCCAGGACAGCAAGACAACUUCAUUGGCAACGUUUCGGGACACUUGUGCGCUGCCCACCAGGACACUCGCAACAGGACGUACGAAAUGUUUUCGCGCGUCGACGCUUCUCUCGGCAAGGCCAUCAAGGAACAGACGGACAAGCAAGCCAACCAGUGA